CGCCCAACGUGUCAGAUUUGCUGAGUGACUACUCACACACUUAGCUAGUAGUUUCAAAGAAGCACGCUAGAGCUCAGAGAGCCGACUUGUUUUGAACGGUUCUUCGUAAUGGAUAAUAUUAAAGACGGCUGGUUCACUGAGACGUGCACGUUAUGGCCUGGUCAAGCCAUGAGUCUUCAGGUAGAAGAGGUUCUGUAUCAGAAAAAGUCCAAAUUUCAGGAUGUGAUGGUGUUUAAAAGUAAGACCUAUGGCAACGUCCUGGUGUUGGAUGGCGUGAUCCAGUGCACAGAACGAGAUGAAUUUUCCUACCAAGAAAUGAUCGCCAACCUCCCGUUGUGCUGCCACCCUUGCCCUAAGAAGGUGCUGAUCAUCGGUGGAGGAGACGGCGGGGUGCUGAGGGAAGUCGUGAAGCAUCCAGUGGUCGAGUCUGUAGUUCAGUGUGAGAUUGAUGAGGAUGUCAUUAACGUUUCGAAGAAGUACCUCCCUGGAAUGGCGAAGGGAUUUUUUAGCCCCAAGCUGACUCUGAAUGUAGGAGAUGGUUUUGAGUUUAUGAAGAAGAAUCAGGAUGCUUUCGAUGUCAUCAUUACGGACUCUUCAGACCCUGUUGGCCCAGCAGAAAGCCUGUUCAAAGAAUCCUACUAUCAACUCAUGAAAACGGCGCUGCGUGAGGGUGGAAUUCUUUGCUGUCAAGGAGAGUGUCAGUGGCUUCACUUGGAGCUGAUCAAAGAAAUGCGCAUCUUCUGCAAGUCGCUUUUCCCUGUAGUGGACUACGCUUACUGCACCAUCCCUACGUACCCGAGCGGCCAGAUCGGCUUCAUGCUCUGCAGUAAAAACUCGGAAACGAAUUUCCGUGAGCCGGUACGGGAGUUGACGAGGGACGAGAUCGAGAGCAUGGACCUCAAAUAUUACAACCCUGAAAUCCACCGAGCUGCUUUUAUUCUACCUGAAUUUGCCAGAAAGGUCCUAAGUGAAGUGUAACUGGAUUCUUGGCUGCCAUCUUGUCUUAACGCUGCUUUGUGAAAUCAGGGCGAAGCCGUUAGUGCAACUGCUGUGUGUGUGUGUGUGUGUGUGUGUGUGUGUGUGUGUGUGUGUGUGUGUGUGGGGUUAUGUGAACCGCCUCUCUCUCUUUGUCAAGAAAAGGGAAUUUAUGUGCAUUUUGCACAGUUUUCACUCCAAUCUCCUAAAGACUUUAUUUAUUUGCUUUUUGUUUCUUUCGGUACAUCGUCCAUAGUGUUCAGUUUCUUACACAAUUUACAACGUGCCAGAUAUUUCUCAUCGUACAUGUUACAUGACAUGGGAUAUGACGGUCAUAACGAGGUCAGUGCAAACAUUGUUUUAUUUUGUGUUACAUUCCACUGCGGCUCUGUCCUGAGCUUUUCAUCUCUGUUCUCUGAAAUAAGCGAUCAAACUGAAGACGCAGCGUUUGGGUUCGGUGGCUGUUGAACCAUGAGCAUGCUUUGUUAAGGAUUUUGAGUAAACUGAGUGAUGGCAGAUUGAUGGCUAAUUAAUCCAUAGUAGAGAGUUAACAAACAUUGAAAUACUACUAAAAACAGGCUAAUACAAAUUAACAUCAAGUUCAAAAGUUACAAGUAAAUAUGCAUCAUUAUGAUUAAAUAUGAACUGAUACAGAUUUUGUGAGUAACUUAAAUUGAUCCUUAAUCCUUAUUCUGAAACGGUUUGGGCUAAGGAAGGUGCCGUGUUUUACUUCUCGUACUUCACAAACUGUAAUGUUGCAAGUGACUUGGAUAGAAAGAAAAUAUUUUGUAUAAAACUUUCUGAAUUAUGUGCUGUAUUGAUAUCAAUGGUGUGCUCAAAAUGUAUUUAGUGUGUAACUUGUUGGCUUUGGGUCAUGAUUUCAGAAAGAAUGUGAACUCUGUAGACUAAAACUGACAACUCAUGAUCUUUUGUGCUGAUGUGACAUGUGGUUUUAGGUUCCUAACAUAAUGUCCAACGAUGGGUCCAAUCACCCAACCAAGUUAAAUCAGUAUGAUCAGUUUUUACAUGUUCGUCGAUUAGCAGUAUAACUUUUAGGCCCUGUGGGUUUAUGCCAUCGUCCUGUACCCAUUGUGUUGCUAUAUGCAGGCACGUACCUAUUUUAUUUUUUUUUUUUUCCCCCAUAAUCUGGUAUCUACAAAUUCAAGUUAAUUUUGUGAAAUCCGUAGCAUGAUUUUGAAAUAAUAAAAUAAAACACAAUAAAGAAG